CAGGUGGGUCUCUGGGGCUGGAGCGAGCCAUUGCACGCCAAGCGCGGGGGGCAUGCUUGGCCAGACUGGAGCUGCACAGAGGCCCUCCUUUGCUGGAGGGAAAGCUCCCAAGAGAGAUGGCCAAGGAGCCUUUGCGGGGAAUGGGACCAUAGUCAAAGGAAACCAUCUCAAGUUAAACGCAAGCAAGAUGAGCUUUGUUUGGGAAAGUUCCUCAGCCUCCCCAGAACCGAAGGAUCCAACUGACUUCAGCUAAAGACCGCAGUUGAUCAAUGCUCACGAAGUCAAAGGCAGACAUCAUCCCGGUUCCUCAAGAUGGCCAACCUCACAAGUGGCCAGAGUUUGGAAAGUUCAGUCACGGUUGCCACUGCCACCUCUCCUCUCCUCCCAGAGGAAAAGCCCAAGAGCAAAGGUCUCCAGCUAGGUUCCCUCUUCCACAGCCGGAGCGAAAAGUUUGUCAUUGCCCGGAGCGACAGCGUGCCAGAAGAGAACGUUUUGAAGAUCACCAUCACUGAGACCACUGUCAUUGAGUCAGAUCUGGGCAUCUGGAACUCGCAUGCGCUCACAUACCUCACCUUGUGGUUCUUCUUCAGCUUUUGCACACUGUUCCUUAACAAGUACAUUCUUUCGCUUCUGGAAGGGGAGCCAAGCAUGCUGGGUGCUGUCCAGAUGCUCUCCACCACUUUCAUCGGCUGUGUCAAAAUGUUUGUCCCCUGCUGCCUGUACCAACACAAGACUCGUUUCUCGUACCCUCCCAAUUUCAUCAUGAUCAUGUUGUUUGUUGGACUGAUGAGGUUUGCAACAGUGGUCUUGGGCCUAGUUAGUCUGAAGAACGUUGCGGUCUCCUUUGCUGAGACAGUUAAAAGCUCUGCACCCAUUUUCACAGUUAUUAUGUCCCGUAUGAUUUUGGGGGAAUACACUGGACUGUUAGUGAACCUCUCUCUUGUUCCGGUUAUGGGAGGCCUUGCUCUGUGCACUGCGACUGAGCUGAGCUUCAAUGUCCUUGGCUUCUCAGCAGCUUUGUCUACUAACAUCAUGGACUGCUUGCAGAACGUGUUCUCUAAGAAACUGCUUAGUGGAGACAAGUACCGCUUCUCUGCUCCAGAGCUGCAGUUCUAUACCAGCGCAGCUGCUGUGAUCAUGCUGAUUCCGGCUUGGAUCUUCUUCAUGGAUAUGCCAGUCAUUGGGAAGAGCGGAAGGAGUUUCCAGUAUAACCAGGACAUUGUUGUGCUGCUCCUGAUUGACGGAGUCCUUUUUCACCUUCAAAGCGUUACAGCCUAUGCCUUGAUGGGCAAGAUUUCUCCUGUAACUUUCAGUGUCGCCAGCACAGUCAAGCAUGCCCUUUCCAUCUGGCUCAGUAUCAUUGUGUUUGGUAACAAGAUCACCAGCCUUUCAGCCAUCGGGACAGUUCUAGUGAUGGUUGGAGUUCUGCUCUAUAACAAAGCCAAGCAACAUCAGCAGGCCACCCUCCAGAGCCUGGCAGUGCCAUCAUCGCCCCAUUCGUCCCAGGCUACAAGUGAAGACACGGAGCCACUCAUUCCAGCACAUUUAAAGCCCUACGAGUGAGUUGGCCCUCUGCCCUUUUCAUCGUGGCUUUUCCUCAGCGAACGUUGUUUUUUCCCCGGGAGUCCUUCGCCUGGCAGUCAGCAGUGCCAGGGCUGUGCUGCGGGAUACGUUUUGCAGUCAAGAAAAAUGGGAGACCAUCCUGCAAAGAGGAUGUAAAGAAGAGCAGGGUUGAUGAAAAAGCUGGAAAUCACACUCAACACUUGAGUUUUGUUGGAAAGGAGAAAUGCAAAUCUGGGAGGAAUUCAUGUGAGGUCUGGCCAUUAACAAAACAAUGUGAAAUGUGGCAUCUUUCCCUUUCAUUUCCUUACACACACAAGGCCAAAAAUACUUGCCUUCUGCAGGGAACGGUCAAGAUUUUUUCCACUCUGUAUGUGAGCAGAAGUAACAGCAUUUUGAAAGACACCGGUCAGGUUUUUUUAUUUGCAUGUUAGUUGAUGUCAGUUGCCACUAUGGGACCCAAGUUUGAGGACCAUUAAAAAGUCAGACCAGCAAAGGGGAUAAAACUGGGGCUGCAAGGAUUCUUAACCACUAACAUGUCUCAUCUGCUGCAUAAACUGAAACGCAAAUGUGUGUGUGUGUGUCUUCAAGCUGCCUGUUGACUUAGGCAACUCCAUGAAUUCCUUAGGUUUUCUUAAGCAAGGAAUACUCAGAGGCAGUUUUGCCAGUUCCUUCCUCUGAAAUAUAGCUCCUAGUGCUUGUUGGUGGUCUCCCAUUCAAGUACUAACCAGGGCUGAUCCUGCUUAGCUUCCAAGAUCAGAUGGAUCUGGUGCCUUUAGUGUACUUAGGCCCUUAUGCAAAUGCGCACUGUUAACCAUCUCUAGGAAUGGAUGCCACUGUCUUACUAUAGGUAAAGCCCUCUCAAGAUAUUCAGGUAUGGCUGAGAUUAUAUAAGCAGUUUGCACAGACCAAAUUUACAUUUGGAAUGGUAAGUGUAAUACAAUGCAGUGCAUUUCAGAGUUGAAAUCUGUGAAGGGUUCUUAGGGCCAGGUUUGGAAAACAUUUUGCAAGCAGGAAUUACCCUUUUUUCCAUGUCUUACUCUUGCAGGCCAAAGCAAU